AUGGGUUGCGGCAUUUCCAAGUUGGGGGCUAAUGCUCAUCAACAUCAUCAGCAUGACCACCUAACUACUUCUUCUGCUUGUGAAUCUAAUAAUUAUAACAUUGGCAAGGAUCCGGAACGGGGCAUGCAUGACUAUGGCGAGGAGGAUGACAUGAUGAUGAAGGAGAAAGAGAGAUCAGGGCGGGUGGAGAAGGUGGUCAAAGAGGGUAGAAUAAAGGAGGGGCACCCACAUGCACAUGCACAUGCACAUGCAGGCCUAGGGUUAGGGAAGGGAGGCCGCCAAUAUUCUGAUGAUGAUGGCUAUGAUGAACAAAUGCUCUCUAGCAGUGACAGGGAGGAUAGCUUCAUUCAUUGUCCACGAUCCCCCAGUUUUAGGGAUUAUUUCAUUGACUCUGAUCAAGACUCGUCAAGGCAUCAUACCCCUAACAAAUUCUUCUUUAGCGGUGAUGCUAAUGAUCAUGAGAUCAACAAAUCAGAGACAUGGGCGGAAUCUCAGAAUACCAACAAGCAACAGAGAAUAUCAGAAGCUGAUGAAUUAGUGAAAAAAGAGAGCAAAGGAUCGAGACCAUCAGGAAUUAGGGGUGUGUUAGGCAAGCAAUCAAGACUAAGAUCCUACUUAAACGUCUCCAAUUGGCACCACCACAACAGUCCAAUCUCGUCACCCUCUCAACAAAAUCCCUCAAAACUGGUUGCUGCUGAAAAUUAA